AAGAUAAAGAGAAAAUGAAGGACAGCUUUAUAUAUGUAGCUUGUUACUGUUCAGGGGAAGUUCCUGCGAAAGACUUCAUAAGGGGCAUGCUCUGAAUUAAGUUUUAUAACCGUCAGGGAUGACCCAAAAAUUUCAUUCUAUUUUUAGCCAACCAUCGAAUCCAUAUAUAUAUAUAUAUAUAAUCGUCUUCUUCCUCAUGGGAGGAAGCUUAUUUUCUUAACUAAUUUGGCGCUUGGAGUAUGGAAGGAUCAUCACCAUCAUCAUCACCACCAUCAUCGGCAGGGGCGAAGAGAGGAGACGCCGCAGCCAAGUACCGCGGCAUUCGGCGGCGUCCGUGGGGGAAGUACGCAGCUGAGAUACGCGAUCCGGCUAGAAACGGUUCGAGGCUGUGGCUCGGGACCUUCCGGACUCCGGAAGAGGCGGCGCGGGCGUAUGACAGAGCCGCCUACGCAAUGAGAGGCCGCCAAGCGAUUCUCAACUUCCCCAACGAGUUCCAGCAGUGCUCCCCGGCAAGGCCGCCGGCCCUUUCUUCUCCGGAGGGCUCCUCUUCCUCACCCUCCCCCGCCCCUGCCGGCGCGGCUGCAGCGUACGGCCCAGGAGGACAGGAAGAGGUGGUGAUUGAGUUUGAGUACUUGGAUAACAAGCUGCUGGAUGAGCUUCUGGACAACAAAGAGGAUGGCCAUGUCAAGAAGAGAUCAAAGUUGAUAUAACUGUUACAUGGGCUUGUUCUUCGAUUUUCUCCCUUUUUCUUAUUUGAUUUCACUUGAUUGUUUCGGUUUCUGUAGCUUAACGAAGGUGAAUCUAUUCACCAUUCUGUAAUUCUUGUCAAUAAACGCUUCAUAUGUUUUCAAAGUUGAA